AUGGUGCGGAGUUAUAACACCAGGGGACGUGGCGGCCAGCUGAGCCGAGUGACUGCUUAUCGAGGCCGAGGAAGAGGCAAGGCCUUUGGGUGGGGUUCAUACAGCAGGCCAACAUACAUCACCAGAAACAGGUAUAUGCCUCGAGGUCAAGUUGGUCGUAUAGGGGGUUUAGGGCGUGCAAUGGCUCGUCGCAGCGGCCGUCAGCAGCAGCAGCAGCAGCAGCAGCAGCAGCAGCAGCAGCAGCGUUUUGGUAGGGGUAGGGGCCGUGGGGGCCGGGGUAGGAGGGGGGGGGGCCCCCGGGGGCCCCCCGCAACAGCAGAAAGCCUAGAUGCUGAGCUAGAAGCAUAUAUGGGGGAGGAAGCAGUAAAGGAGAGACUAGAUAGAGACCUAGAGAUGUAUUUUAGUGCUGCAGUGCAGCAGCAGCAACCUGCUGCUGCUGCUGCUGCUGCUGCUGGUGCUGCUGCUGCUGCUGUUAAUACUCCAGCUGUUGCUGUUACGAACACUAACGCAGAAAAUGAUGCAGGGCCCAGCGCUAUGGAAGUGACGAUGGAGAACUCAGCUCUCUAA